GCGGCAGCGGCGGAGGCGGCAGGACGGAGCGCGGCGGGCGACCGGCCCAGCGCAGCCAGCGCGGCCCAGCGGUCGGGAGCAGGCGGCCGAGAACCGAGCACGGCACUGGGCACCGGGUGGCGGCGGCACCGAGGCCCGGCCCCGAGCAGCUGCCGCCCGCCGCGGCCUCCAGCCGGCCCCGCCCAGCGCUGGCCCGCGGGGAUGCGGAGCGGCGGGCGCCGGAGGCCGCGGCCAGGCUAGGCCCGCGCUCGCGCCCGGACGCGCUGGCCGGAGGCUGUGGCCAGGCAACAGGGCCCAGGGGGACCUGAGAGGAGCUUGUGAGUACUGCCUGGGCUGCCCGGUGUGCCCAAGACCCUGGCACCAUGAAUGACGUGGCCAUCGUGAAGGAAGGCUGGCUGCACAAACGAGGGGAGUACAUCAAAACCUGGCGGCCCCGCUACUUUCUCCUCAAGAACGAUGGCACGUUCACCGGCUACAAGGAGCGGCCGCAGGAUAUGGAUCAGCGCGAGUCUCCCCUGAACAACUUCUCUGUGGCACAGUGCCAGCUGAUGAAGACAGAGCGGCCCAGGCCAAACACCUUCAUCAUCCGCUGCCUGCAGUGGACCACGGUCAUUGAACGCACCUUCCAUGUGGAGACGCCUGAGGAACGGGAGGAGUGGACAACUGCCAUACAGACAGUGGCUGAUGGACUGAAGAAGCAGGAGGAGGAAAUGAUGGAUUUCCGGUCGGGCUCACCCAGCGACAACUCUGGGGCCGAGGAGAUGGAGGUGGCCCUCGCCAAGCCCCGUCACCGUGUGACCAUGAAUGAGUUCGAGUAUCUGAAGCUUCUGGGCAAGGGCACUUUUGGGAAGGUGAUCCUGGUGAAGGAGAAGGCCACAGGCCGCUAUUAUGCCAUGAAGAUCCUUAAAAAGGAGGUCAUUGUGGCCAAGGAUGAGGUGGCCCACACACUCACUGAGAACCGCGUCCUACAGAACUCCAGGCACCCCUUCCUCACUGCCCUGAAGUACUCCUUCCAGACCCAUGACCGCCUCUGCUUCGUCAUGGAGUACGCCAACGGGGGCGAGCUCUUCUUUCACCUGUCUCGUGAGCGCGUGUUCUCCGAGGACCGGGCCCGCUUCUACGGUGCCGAGAUUGUGUCAGCCCUGGACUACCUGCACUCGGAGAAGAACGUGGUGUACCGGGACCUCAAGCUGGAGAACCUCAUGCUGGACAAGGACGGGCACAUCAAGAUCACAGACUUCGGGCUGUGCAAGGAGGGCAUCAAGGAUGGUGCCACUAUGAAGACCUUCUGUGGCACCCCUGAGUACCUGGCCCCUGAGGUGCUGGAGGACAAUGACUAUGGCCGGGCAGUGGACUGGUGGGGGCUGGGCGUGGUCAUGUAUGAGAUGAUGUGCGGCCGCCUGCCUUUCUACAACCAGGACCACGAGAAGCUCUUCGAGCUCAUCCUCAUGGAAGAGAUCCGAUUCCCACGCACACUCGGCCCUGAGGCCAAGUCCCUGCUCUCGGGGCUGCUCAAGAAGGACCCCAAGCAGAGGCUCGGCGGGGGCUCCGAGGACGCCAAGGAGAUCAUGCAGCAUCGCUUCUUCGCCAGCAUCGUGUGGCAGGACGUGUAUGAGAAGAAGCUCAGCCCACCCUUCAAGCCCCAGGUGACAUCAGAGACUGACACCAGGUAUUUUGAUGAGGAGUUCACGGCCCAGAUGAUCACCAUCACACCACCUGACCAAGACGACAGCAUGGAUUGUGCAGAUAGCGAGCGGCGGCCACACUUUCCCCAGUUCUCCUACUCAGCCAGUGGCACGGCCUGAGGAGGCCACUGGGCAGCCAGGGCUCUGCUCCGGACAAAGGUUCCACGGUGACAGGAGGCCCCAGACGGAUGUGUAUUCAAUGGCUUUUUAUUUCUUGGGUGCAUUUGAGAGGAGCCAUGACAUUCCUCCUAAGCACAGAUGGAAAGACGUUUCGUGCUGUGGGCAGCAUACUCGAGGAAGAAAAUUGUCCUGCGGAUUUUCUUAAUUUAUUUCAUCCAAUUUGUGCUCCAGAUGCGGCCUUGGGCCUCAGAACAAUUAGAUUCUCGUAGGAAAAUGUUAGGACGUAUGCAGCUACGUGCAAAGGGGCUGGGGGUCUAGUGGGUCCUGCUGCUGGCCUCGCCCCAUUAGCCUGUCUCACCAGCUGCCCCUGUCUCAUAGUGGCAUGCUGGCUAGCACUCUUGGGGGGCACAUGGCAGCCCUCAGCACUAAGGCCAUGCCUAUAAGGCUGGCCACCCUGAGCCCUGGGGUUGGGGCUGGGCCAGGGUUUGUCCACAGGAAAGAGGAACAAGGUUUAACUCAUUGCUGUGUAUUAUGUUGUUUAAAUGCAUUGGAGGGGUUAAUCUUAGUAAAGAGAAAACCCCUCCCACCCCCCCC